AUGGCAAAGAAAAGCAAGUCAAAUCUGUCAGAAUUGUGUCUAGAAGAAAACAAAGAUCAAAUAUAUGAAAAUGCCCUUGCUGAGAUCGAGUCCUUUGAGCUGCCUCUUGGAACCACCCUAAGGUCUGUAUAUGAUGACCAACCAAAUGCCCACCAGAGGUUUAUGGAAAAACUAGAUGCCUGCAUACGUAACCAUGACAGGGAGAUAGAAAAGAUGUGCAAUUUUCACCAUCAGGGAUUUGUGGAUGCUAUUACAGAACUUCUUAAAGUUAGGGCUGAUGCAGAAAAAUUGAAGGUCCAAGUUACUGAUACCAACCGAAGGCUUCAGGAUGCUGGGAAAGAGGUGAUAGCCCGAACAGAGGAAAUCAUCCGAUGUAGAGUUCAGCAACGGAAUAUCACAACAGUUGUGGAAAAACUGCAGCUGUGUCUUCCAGUGCUGGAAAUGUACAGCAAGCUAAAAGAACAGAUGAAUGUAAAAAGAUACUAUUCUGCUUUAAAAACAAUGGAACAGCUAGAAAACCUGUAUCUUCCUAGAGUCAGCCAAUACCGGUUUUGCCAGAUAAUGAUAGAAAAUCUUCCAAAACUGCGUGAAGAAAUAAAAGAAAUAUCCAUGUCAGAUCUCAAGGAUUUCUUGGAGAGUAUUCGAAAGCAUUCUGACAGAAUUGGGGAAACUGCCAUGAAGCAGGCACAGCAGCAGAAAACCUUUAGCACUGCUGUUCAAAAGCAAAAUAAUGUGUGCUAUGGUCGGAACAUGCAUUUAGGCAGAAACAGAAUUUUGGAAUCGAAGAAUGAAAUUACAUUGAAACGAACAUUUGAAGAAGAUGAUGAACAUGAAGAAGAGGUUUUAACUGCCCAAGAUCUUGUAGACUUUUCUCCAGUUUAUAGGUGUUUGCACAUCUACUCAGUUUUGGGUGAUGGAGAAAUAUUUGAAAAUUAUUACAGAAAACAAAGAAGGAAACAAGCAAGAUUAGUUCUGCAGCCACAGUCAAGCAUGCAUGAAACUGUAGAAGGCUAUAGAAGAUACUUCAGUCAAAUUGUAGGUUUCUUUGUUGUAGAAGACCACAUUUUACAUGUAACCCAAGGACUGGUAACUAGAACGUACACUGAUGAACUCUGGAACAUGGCCCUUUCCAAGAUCAUUGCUGUUCUUAGAACACAUUCAUCAUAUUGCAGUGAUCCUGACCUUGUUCUGGAACUGAAGAAUCUCAUUGUAGUAUUUGCUGAUACUUUGCAGGGUUAUGGUUUUCCUGUGAAUCGACUAUUUGAUCUUUUAUUUGAGAUUAGAGACCAGUACAAUGAAACACUUCUUAAAAAGUGGUCUGGAUUGUUCAGGGAUAUUUUUGAAGCGGACAACUACAGCCCUAUUCCUGUAGCCAAUGAGGAGGAAUACAAAAUAGUUAUAAGCAAAUUUCCUUUUCAAGAUUCAGAAUUCGAUAAGCAAUCCUUUCCAAAGAAGCUUCCAAUGUCUCAGUCAGUGCCUCAGAUUUAUAUCCAGGUUAAGGAAUUCAUUUAUGCAAGCCUUAAGUUCUCAGAGUCACUUCACCGCAGCUCAACAGAAAUAGAUGAUAUGCUCAGAAAAUCUACAAAUUUGCUGCUUACAAGAACUCUAAGUAGUUGUUUACAGAACCUAAUUAAAAAACCUCAUAUAGGUUUAACAGAGCUUGUUCAAAUCAUCAUAAACACAACACACCUGGAACAAGCCUGUAAAUACCUUGAGGAUUUUAUAUCUAACAUCACUAAUAUUUCACAAGUGACUGUUCACACUGCAAGACUUUAUGGACUUUCUACAUUUAAGGAUGCAAGGCAUGCUGCAGAAGGAGAAAUAUACACAAAACUUAACCAAAAAAUAGAUGAAUUUAUUCAGAUUGCUGACUAUGAUUGGACAAUGUCUGAAUCGGAUGGAAGAGCCAGUGGAUAUUUAAUGGACCUUAUUAACUUUUUAAGAAGCACAUUUCAAGUUUUUACGCAUUUACCUGGAAAAGUUGCCCAGACAGCUUGCAUGUCAGCCUGCCAGCAUCUUUCAACAUCCCUAAUGCAGAUGCUACUGGACACUGAAUUAAAACAAAUAAGCAUGGGAGCAAUUCAGCAGUUUAAUUUAGAUGUGAUACAAUGUGAAUUGUUUGCUAGUUCUGAGCCUGUGCCAGGAUUCCAGGGAGACACCCUGCAGCUAGCUUUCAUCGACCUCAGACAAGAAAGUUUCUUUGAACUUGUAAGCACUGUAAUUGUAACAGCCAUCGAAGGCUUUGGGCCACAUGUUGCUAAUGGGAUAGAGAGCUUCCGGCCCUCAGCAGCAGGACAGGACAAGGCACCAGGCUCGGGGGAAGCUGUGGCGCCCGCCGGUGACGUCAAUGGGAGCGGGGCCCGCAGGCCGCCCGCCUGUGCCCUGGCCCCGGGCAGCCUGGGCAGGGAGCCCGGCGGUGCCUGGCUCCUACCUGUGAUGGCAGAGGGGGAAUUAGGCUUUGAGGGCUGCGAGGGGGCUGGCUGCUGGAGAGUUCACAGAGGAAUGAAAGACUCUAGCAAAAAGAACAACAUUUUUGCUCAGUUCAGGAAGAAUGACCGUGACAAGCAGAAGCUAAUAGAGACUGUAGUAAAGCAACUUAGGAGUUUAGUAAAUGGCAUGUCCCAGCACACAUAGACCUGUUAAAUCGACGGUAUCUCAUAAUGCCAAGAGGUAUUUCUUAGCCACUACAUCUACUAAGCAAACAGUGGUAUCAGUUAGGAAAUUUGGUUGACUGAAUGAAGGAAAAAUGUAGUAGAUGGCUUGUAAACUGAGUCUUCAGCAACAAUUCUUUGUAUGUAUUUUUAAUGGCUUGAAUACUAUUUUGUAUAUUGUAAACAAAUGGUGAAAAAUGAGACUGUACAAUAAAAACCAGCUCAAUCGUAUUGUACAUGGAACAGCUGAACUGUAAAUAUGUUAUUUAAAUAUCUGUAGACAUGGUGUCCAAAAUUUUGCUCCAGGUAGGAAUUACUUGAGAAAUGAUCCCUUAGUUGCUGUUUUCUGGACGAAUCCUAAUUUAAUCAUUUUUAAGCACUGAGAUACUUGUGUUUCAGAUGCUAUAAUUUUCCUGCAUUAAAUGUAUAUUAGCCUUAAAGUGAUUGGACAUAAUUUUGUAUACCAGAUUUUGUAGUCUGGAGGUAUAAAAAAAAUCUUCUGAUUUUUAGUACCUUUGAAAACUACCUGAGAACUAGACUUGAUAUUUAUUUAGCUUUAGGGCUUAUAGACUUUGUUCUUCACAAGGGUUUAUUCUUGAGGUUGUGAAUGUAAAUAACCAUUUGAGUUCUUUAUAAUGUGACUUUUUGGUUUGGUUUUGUUCCUCAGGGUUACCAUUUCUAACUGUGCUUUUGUAAGAUCCCGGGUUCUUUUCCCCAGGUUGCAGUAAGGAAUAGAUUUGCCACUGUUGGUUUCGUGCUGCAUCUGUUUGUCAGUAUGCUCUUCCUACAAGACCCAUCCCAGUGAUUAGCAUUUGGUCCCACCGCUGAUCUCUUUGCACUGUCCCCUCCUGGCUAUUUUAGACACAAAGAGAAUGUCUAACAAAUGCAAACCAAAUGGAACGUGUAAAAAUAAUGUACAUUUUUCGCUGUAUUUUUAAGUUAUUGACGGUCUAAAUACAGUGAUAUAAACCUCA